ACAUAUUGUACAGAAACGGUAAACGGAGCCGGUGUCAACUAACCAAUACACAACUUGUGAAAUCCAAAAUCAUCGUCAUACCAUUCCUCAACUAAAAUAUUGUCCUUUUUUUUUAAAAAAAUAAAAUAUCAAACCAAACCUACACUAAUGGGAAGUGAGAAUUCAACAAAUCAUCGCAAAUGGUAUCCACAAAAUAUCAUAAAUGCCUCACAAUUAACUAAAGGUUAUGUUUGUCUUGUGAUCAACCGCAAGGUCACGAUACCCAAUCAAAUUGUAGAAAAACUAUGGCAAAAUGCUGAAUACCGUUGCACCGUUGACGGAGGAACAAAUCGGUGGAGGGAUUUCCUAUUGACGCACGACAAAGGCAAUCAAUUAAAAUUGCCAGACUUUAUAACUGGCGAUUUUGAUUCAAUCACCGAAGAAACAUCAAACUAUUUCAACAAUUCAUCGAUACAACGAAUUCACACACCCGAUCAGAACUAUACAGAUUUCACUAAAGCAAUACAUGUAUUGGAACCUAUAAUGCAGAAUAAGGGUUUAAAUGACAUCAUUGUAUUUCAUGAUACAUCGGGUCGUUUAGAUCACAUCAUGGCAAAUAUACAAACGUUAUUUAAAGCGAAACCCGCUUUAAAUGUGUACUUACUAGGAGGCAGCUCCAUGACAUGGUUGCUAAGGUCUGGAGUGCAUACUAUACAUAUACCAAAAGACCUAGUCGAUAACCAUCGAUGGUGUGCAUUGCUGCCAGUUGGUGGUAGGGCAAUAGUUACUUCAAGCGGCCUUAAAUGGAACUUAAAUCAAUCGGUGUUAGAAUUUGGCGAUGGAAUUGUCAGCUCAUCGAAUACGUAUUCAUGUGAAACAGUGCAGAUAGAAAAUACAAACAGCAUUCUCUGGUCAAUGGGUGUGUUUAAUUUUCAUGACGAUUAGUUUUUAGAAUAGAAAAAAAAUAGAAAAAAAGGAUAAAUAAUAUUUUUAUUUUUCAAAUUUA